CUGGAGUAGCCAUUGACUGUCCGUCUCGAAACAAGAACACGUGGAAUGGCUAAGGAGUGUCCUAAAAUCAUCAUUAUUGGUGCCGGUAUAGCCGGGAUUUCUGCUGUAGCUGAAUUAUAUAAGCAAGGCUUCACUAAUACGGUCAUUCUAGAAGCUCAGGACAUCAUAGGAGGGCGGAUACAGACAAGACAUUUUGGCGACAGUCAUAUUGAACUUGGUGCUCAGUGGAUUCAUGGCAAAGAUGGCAACCCACUGUACAGCUUGGCAUCACAACACGACCUGAUACCGACAGAAAAGUGCCACCGCUACGAAGAUCCCAAUAAAGAAUCCUUCUUCUACUUUCAAAAUGGCGAGAAGAUAGAUUCAGAAAUCUUGACGGAUGUCGAACGGUUCUUUACAACUACGAGUUGUCAUCUAGACCAGUACUAUCGAAACGGCCUCACAUGUGAAGACAGCAAAUCAGUUGGCGAGGUCUUCUAUAAAGAAUUUCAGGAGCACUUGGAUAAAUCGUCCGAAUCCUUAGAUGUAAAACGUCAAAAACAAGCUGUGUUUGACUGGUACUGUCGCGAGGAGUGUGCAGACACUGGUUGUCACUCAAUUUACGAUGCAUCAGUCAAUGGCUGGGGAUUAUUUUACGAAUGUGGAGGUCAGAUUGAGGUCAAUCUCUCCACAGGUUACCGACCAAUUCUAGAAUUGAUUCUGGCAAAGAUCCCAAAGGAAGCCAUCCUUCUUAAUAAACCAGUCGAACAUAUCCUAUGGCAUGAAGGCGAGACGCCCUGUACAAAUGCUUCACAACCAGUCACUCUGCAGUGUAAAGAUGGUGGGACAUUCAGUGCUGAUCAUGUCAUUGUCACAGCGUCUGCUGGCUUCCUCAAGCAGAAUGCGAACUCGAUGUUCCACCCGCCACUGCCAAAGAGAAAAAUGGAUGCUCUGAAAGGCAUUGGUUUUGGCACAGUCGACAAAAUCUUUUUGGAGUUUGAGAAGCCAUUUUGGGAGGAGCAUUGUGACGGGAUGCACUUUGUCUGGUCAGGGGACGAACCAUUUCAGCUUGACUGCAUAGAUGCUGAACAGGAUGUUGACAGGGAGUGGUACAAGAGCCUCCUUGGGUUUCAGACCGUUACUAACCACCCAAAUAUCCUCCUUGGGUGGAUUGCUGGAACAGCAGCGAGACAGAUGGAAUCUUGCUCAGAUGAUAUGGUGCUAAAAGUUUCGAUGGCGGUGCUGAGACGAUUCACUGGAAACCCAGAUAUCCCGCAACCAGUGAAGUUCUUCCGGACCAAUUGGCAUAGUAACCCUUACGUCUGUGGGUCUUACAGCUACCUCAGUGUCGCCGGCCACACAACUGAUUUUGCAACGUUAGCUGAACCUCUGCCAAGUAAACAGAAUCCCCAGGUUUUGUUUGCGGGCGAGGCAACAAGCAGUCAUCAUUUCUCAACAACUCACGGCGCUUACAGCUCAGGCGUGAGAGCAGCUCACUCGAUCAUCCAGAUCUACAACAAGGACCAUACGCAUGAUCUCCCAACCCCGUCCCCCUGGCAAUAUGAGCAGAGAGUUAUGACCCGCCGUCAAUAAUCAGCUCUUUGUACGUGUUACAGGGUUGAUGGAAUCAGGUUUCUAUAUUUGUAUCAAUAGCGAAAGCUUUGAAGAUAUGGUAUUUUAUGAUAGAUGGUACCGUUCUGGAUAGUUUCAGGGCUCCUGUGUACUUGAUUAUAUUUGGAUAGGUUAUUACGAUCAUUUCCUUGGUUUUGUGAAGGAAACAUUUGCUCAUUAUUUGUUAGAUAUCCUUUCUGUGAAUUUCACUCAAUCCAUAUGUAGGCCUAUGUGAUGAUGAACUAUGACAAUACAUGUAAAUACAUGUAGUGCCAUGGUAUAUGCCUUCAGUACCAUGAAUAGCAUUUCCACUCAAGAGUUUUAGUAGGCCAAGUUUUGCAGAACAUAUGACACUGUAGGCCAAAGUAUUGGCAAUUUUGUUGUACAUGUAUAAUGUCAUCAAUGCUGUUUGCAUUUGAGACCAAACUUGGUUUACUUUCAAACUUCUAAAGAAUCUCAGGUUUUGCUUCAAUACAUCCUGGAAAUUGUCCCAAGGUAAUUAUAUUUUCCUGCUCACUGGUGCUUCGGUAAUCAAUUUUUGUCAAUAAAUGUGAUAUGUAGGUGUAUGUAUUUCACUGUAUGCCUUGAUUUGUUGUUUCAAGUAAAGAUUAGAAAUGUUCAUUGAGUCUGCAGACAAGAGACUCGGCCAACCAUGAAGCCAUGCAGUACACCUACAAGAUGUAUAUGUAUAGCAACUCCUACAGGCUGCCAAGCAAGAUGUACAUAUGUGACAUUUUCAACUCGGCAGUAAAUGGGGACUAUAAUGCAGAAGUUACAGGGUCCACAUGUUCAGCGUUGAUACUAGCUCAUUGCUAUUCACAGUUGGAGGAUCUAUAUAUUUUGACAAUUCCUUCAAAUACUAGGCCUCGAUCAGCAGACACUGCAAAGAUUGCUUAUAUCAGUUUACCGUAAAGACUUUAUACAAGAGUAGUUUUUUAGCAAACAAGUCACUGUACAACAUGGAUGAUUCAACAUUAAACAUAUUUGUUGCAAUAAAUUCAGGGAUAGCAUA